AUGGCGCGCUAUUUUAAAGAACAAGAUAUCGAUGAAUUCAGGGAAUGUUUCUACCUCUUUGCCCGUUCUGGCCAGAUCACUUCACUGGAUGAGUUGACAGUAGUCAUGCGCUCACUUGGCAUGAGCCCCACAAUUCAAGAGCUCACAGGGUAUCUUAAGGGUAAAGGUGGCAAGAUGUCGUUUGCGGACUUUUUGGAAGUUAUGCACAUCCAUUCUCGAGCGGAGAAUUUGCCCAAUGAGGUGGUGAAUGCAUUCAAGGCUGGCGACCCUGAGAAGAGGGGCGUGGUGCCGGCGCGGCAGCUGCGCAAUUUGCUCCAGAGCUGGGGCGAAGGCCUGUCUCAGCGGGAGGUGGACAACAUUUUCCGCGAGGCGAACGUCACCAACAACGGAACAGUCCGAUAUGAGGACUUUGUGAAAAUCGCCUGCGCACCAGUCCCCGAUUACUAC